UGUUUUCAUAGUGUUUCUCCAGUCCAUUUAUAUUGCAUGAAUACUUAUGCACAUUUUGCGAAAUAACUCGAUUCAUUUAGCCCCAAAGCUCUGUCCAUUUAGCCCCACCUUGACAAAUUAGCAUCACGUGAAACAUUUCCUUUCAUUAAACAUUUUUAGGAUGUUAAUAUUAUAUCUAUUGCGUUUAGUUUUGAUUAAACUUCUUCAAAUGCCCAUAAUUCCCAAAUUCUCAUUUAUUUUAAAAUGAUGUCAACUUUGAAAUACCAAAACAUGUAAACUGCUUAUACUAACUUGAAACUAGAAGAUUUUAUUUAUAUUUUAUUAGAUUAACGCAUCGAAAUUGAAUCACGUAUGAACAAGUUACAGGCCUUUAAAGUUGCAGAGAAACCCGAUUGUGGUUUACACACAUGAACCUAAUUUCUGGAGCCCUGAAGUGAAAUGAGCAAUCGAAAUCGGUUUGUCUACCAAAGUAGCCAUUUGCAUGGAAUUGGGUUAAAUGUUAUAUGAUAAAGAACUUCGGCAUUAAACUAUCGCGCAAUGUUUAUUUACAACCCAGAAACUAAGUGUAGCGAACUGUCAAAAACCGGGAAAAACUUGGAAAAAACCGGGAGAAAACCGGGAAAAAGCCGGGAAUCUAAAAUUCUGAUUUGAGUGGCCACCCUGUCUACUAUUGAUAGAAGAGCAGGAGGAGGAGGAAGAAUCGCGAUCAGAAAAUGGCCGGAUCUGGGUUACGGAUUUGUUUUUGGAAAGGGAAGAUGUGUGGAACCGAUUGUUCCAGGCAAUCGAUGGAGAAGGUGCCAACAACCGGAUGAACGAUUUUCUGCGACUCAAUCGGGAGGAGUUCCAUCAUGUUUUGUCUUUAAUCGGUCCAAAAAUAUGCAGAGUAGAUACAACAAUGCGUAAAGCAAUAACUACAAAGCAACGGCUUGCCAUCGCGCUUCGCGUUUUGGCCUCUGGGGACUCAUAUGAAUCGCUAUCCUUUAUGUUUAGGGUCUCAAGUCCAUCUGUAUCCCGGAUCGUGCAGGAAGUUUGUGAUCAUAUAAUACACGAGCUAAAGGAAUAUGUGAAGCUGCCUUCCAAUAAAUCAGAAUGGUUGAAGAUUUCAAAGGGAUUCGAAGAACAAUGGAAUUUCCCGCAUGUCAAUGGUGCCAUCGACGGUAAACAUGUCCCUUUAAAAGUACCAGCGAAUUCCGGAAGCCAGUUUUACAAUUACAAACACAAUUUUAGUAUUGUGUUGUUAGCAAUAGCGGACUCAAAUUACAACUUUCUUUUCGCUGACGUCGGUUGCCAGGGGAGAAUAUCGGAUGGCGGUGUUUUAGCAAACAGUCCAAUAUACCCAAAACUGGAACGCAAGGAGUUAAAUAUUCCCGAUCCGGAAAUUCUACAAGUUCCCUAUAAGAUCGAAGUGCCAUUCUACUUUCUAGGGGACCAAGCGUUUGCCAUGAAAGAGUACUGUCUGCGGCCAUUUGGAGGCAUGCAUGCUGCAGAUUCAAUGGAACGCCAUUUCAACUAUAGACAUUCUCGAGCACGACGUACAGUAGAAAACGCAUUCGGUAUCUUAGCUCGAGUAUUCCGGGUUUUAGCUAAGCCUAUGGAUUUGGAACCUCGAAUUGCAGAAAAAGUUGUUCUUGCAGCUAUAUGUCUGCACAACUUUAGACGACGACACUUAUUGUAUAACUAUUCACAUACACUACUCCCACGCACUACAAAUCAAGACAAUACAUGUCUAAACUCCGAAGAGUACGACGAUGUAUCAGCACCAGCUUCAAUGCUGCCUAUCCCUGGCGUUCCAAUAAGACCGACCAGAGCAUUGCAAAACAUGCGAAAACAUUUAGCACGGCACCUAAUGUUAAAUAAUCCACUGCCCUAUCAUCUGCCGCAACCCCAGAGAGCUACACAAUAAAAUUGUUAUAAAAUUGAAUUACUUACACUAUUUACUGUUGGUCGCGGUGCUGUCGCGUCGUGCAGGAAUGACAUGUGCUCGAACGCGAACCAACAGUUUUGUAGCACCUCACUGGAUCCUGGAAAUAAUCAUUACAAAAGAAUAAACAUUAUAUAACUAAAACAUUCUAUAAUAUAGAUUCGUAAAUCAUUCACCUGAUCCGGUCACCUGGCUUCGUGCUAUCUCCUUCUUCGUGCGCCGGUAGGUAUUCAUCAGAUUCUUCCACUUUUGAUGGACGUCCUCUGAUGAAUGACCCAUAUAAGAACCAAUUUCUACCCAUGCCUGGUGUCGGAUCUCAGCAUUUUUAUACUGGCGGUCCGAGUCCUUCCACAGGCAUGGGUAGGUUUUAACCAGCUCAAUGAGGUGAAGCACCUCCUCCGUUCCUUGAAUUGGCUGCAAUAAUAAAUUAGUUACAAUUUAAUUAUAAUAUGUUUCGAUUAUUCGUAAUAUGUAUAAAAGUUGUGCUAAACUUACAUUUUUUUCAUUUUCAAUGUGGUAGUGGCGUUAACACUUUCCAUGGUUUGUUUUCGCAGGCGGUUUAAGCAAAUCAGUACUUUAGUCAAUGUGAUUUCUCACUAACUAACCAUGUGUAAACGAUUGCAUGAUCACAUUGGAAAUAUAGGAUGAUCACACGCGUCAAAAAAAGUUAUUUUCGAACAAAAUUUCGCUCGAUUAUUCUGUAUUAGGUUUGAAAUACAUAAGUAUUAAUACAUUACAAAAUGUUGAAAAUUUCUAACUUUUUCUUGGCUAUCAGAACGCAAGAUUAUACAUUCAUUAUCGGUUCAAACAUACACUCUUAAAAUUUUUAGCCGAAUCUCGGUUAAUUAUUGCCGAGAUCUGAAGAACCGAGAUCUCGGCAAUGAUCUCGGUUAAAUUUCUGUUGCCAAAAUCUCGGUUAAAAAAUAAAAAUGACAGUUUGUUUUGACGUUUACGUUUAGCCGAGAUUUUCGGUUAGAGCAAACUGAUGUUUCGGCAAAAAAUAUAAACAAUCAUUUUUGAUUUUCAGUGCUUUUAUUUGCAUAAAAAAUUAAAAAUUAAAACAAUAUAAAUAGGACGAACAUUUAUUGAGAGUAAUUAAGAAUUAUAUUUGAUGGGCUAUUAAGUUUUUAUUCCACCAUAAAAUAAAUUCCAUAGUUAUAUAUUUACAUAAAAAAAUUCAUACAGUAUUUUAUAUUACAUGAAUUCAUUUUACUUUUCUUACCUACUUAUAUCUUACUACUAUUUACUGCUUACAUACUAAUAUCUCACUUAUCUAAUCACCAGAAUUCCAUCUUUAGAACCUAGUUAUUUAAUAGCAGGUGCGCUUAGGAAAUAGGAGGAAUAAAAUUAAAUUAACUGGGUUUCAAAAAAGCUGGUUCAAAAACUUAUUGCUAGUUGUACUGAGUGCUUCGAGUUUAAAGCAGGAAGCAUAAAAAAAUGAAUAAAAAAGCUUGUCUGACGGGCAGCAUUUCGCAUUGAACACAGUAAAAGUUUGGCAAAGAAUGGUAAAUGCUCGGAUCAAAUUAUUUCCUACAUUAAUUGUUGUGUUUUUCCAAACCACAUAACAGUCGCCGAGCUCAAACAUUUUUGCAACAAUUAUAAUACGUGGGACAUCAGGCAUCGGAAAUGACAUCUCGAACUAAAAGAAAAUAAAAAAGGGUAUUACAAAAAAAUUAUAUUUAAAAAAUUAAGACAUAAAUAAAUAGGCGCGGCUACACGAUACGAUUCCUGCUCGAUUUUUCACAUUCGGCGAAUCUUUUUUGUAUGUAUUGGUGCGUUCGAGCAGAGUUGGGCAAUCUUUUUCGCCUGAAAAGAUUAACCAACUUUGGUGGAUGCCUCGAAUCUUUCGCUUGUAAUCUUUUGUAAUAAACGGUUACUUUGAUGGAAG